CCGCCUCACCCUCGGCGGAGGCGGUGGAAGCGGGGCUGCUUUCCCGGCGGCCCUUGCGCCAAAAUGCCUGACAGGAGCUUCCGGCGGGGCGGCGAGAGGCUCCGCUGUGGCGGGUGUGAGGCUUGACGGUUGGGCUCGGCCCAGGGUGCCGCGGAGCAGCGCGCCGCCGUGGAUGAGAGUCUCGCCGGGAGGGAGGAGGUGCCCGAGCCAUGGCCGCCGCGGUGGCCAAGCGCGAGGGGCCGCAGUUCAUCAGCGAAGCGGCCGUGAGGGGCAACGCCGCCAUCCUGGACUAUUGCAGGACCUCGGUGUCGGCCCUGUCGGGAGCCACGGCCGGGAUCCUCGGCCUGACCGGCCUGCACGGCUUCAUCUUCUACUUCCUGGCUUCUGUCCUCCUCUCCGUGCUCUUGGUGUUGAAAGCCGGACGGCGAUGGAAUAAGUACUUUAAAUCCCGAAGGCCGCUUUUCACGGGGGGGCUUAUAGGAGGGCUCUUCACCUACGUCCUGUUCUGGACUUUCCUGUACGGCAUGGUUCAUGUCUACUAAAACAACUAGGAGCCACGUUAGCUGCAGUGGUUUUUAAUGAAGCGGGAGGACUGUUGCCAAAAGUCAUCUACACAACUAGGCCAGCUUACCUUUUACACUGUUGUUAAGCGCUUGUAUUGUUAAUACUGUCAGUAAAUUAUGUCCAAGUACAAAUGAAUCGGUCGUACCGUUAGAAUUAAACUGAAUGUGAAGCACCA